AGAAGUAAAUGCUUUGGAAUUAUUUAGGAUUUGUUUGUGUCUUGUAUUUUGUGUUUCUGGUCCACAAUAAUGAUAAAAAUGGUGCUAAUGUGCAUUUUAGCGUAAUGCAGUUUAUAUAAGAUUAGUUAAUGUGGACCAUAUAAGAUAAUUGUCUUAAUAUUUUCUUAGGGAAUGCUGUUUUUAUACUUACUAUGAAUGGCUAACCCGAAUCCCACAAUAGACUAUGUGGACAAUUUGACCAAUGCAAAUGAAAUAUUACGUUACAAUUUAUUUGCUCUAUGAUGAUGAUUGGAUUCGACAUAAUUUACAGACUACGACAGUUAGCUAGCUGAAAUAAAGUACAUUCUAACAAUCGUUUACGGUAAUUGAAGAUACAUGCAUAGGUGUAUUUAAAAAAAAUAAUAAUUGUAUUAACCCCAAACAUAGACGAACAAAUAACAGAACUUUCCUAGUAGUUCGUUUCAAGUAUUUUACAUCAAACAUAAAAAAUGGAUAAGAAAUCUUUUGAAAUUGUACUGGACGAAAUCAGAAAGUGUGUUCUGACCGAGCAAAGGAUUAAGGCCAUUGAGCAUGUGCAUGGAUAUUUCUCAAGUGAACAGGUGACAGAGAUGUUGAAAUAUUUCUCAUGGGCAGAACCUCAGAUAAAGGCUGUGAAAGCCUUGCAACAUAAAAUGGUUGCAGUUCCUACAACCAAAGUGGUGAAUAUAUUAAACUGCUUGACCUUUACGAAAGACAAACUCAUCGUCCUGGAGUUAAUAGCACUGAAUAUCUCUGACGCCCACAAUUACCGUCCAAUUGAGGACCUCUUUCGAUUUCACCUGUCUGAAAAGAAACGUUGCCGUAGGAUCUUAGAACAAGCUUCUAAAGUUGGCUGCAAGGCUCCUUUAGCCAUGAUCUCAUCCUGCGGUAUGAUCCCAGGAAAUCCGUACCCUCAGGGGAAACCCAGUCUCUUGAAUGGCGUGUUCCCAGGAACACCAGCCAAAAAGGAAAAUGACGACAAUAACAGUGAAGGCAAGGGGAUUGCAGCACGUAUCCUUGGAUCGUAUAAACCAGCUCCGUCUACAUACAAUCCUCAUAAACCCGUGCCGUACCCCAUACCACCAUGCAGACCCCACGCCACAAUCGCUCCAAGUGCAUAUAAUAACGCAGGGCUGGUUUCUGUAGGGGGGGUGAUAACUGCUAGUGUGCCCCCUCCUCCGUAUGGUGCCACUCAGAACACAGCAGAAAAAGAGGACAGUGCGAAUCCCAAAUCCACACAGCCUCAGUCUCUAUCACGAUCAGCCAGCCAGCAGAGCCACACCUCCAGCGCCCCUAGCACCACAUUCUCUCCCCAUGGCUCUAAUCCUCCUACCCCUGUCACCCCAGUACCGGCUCACACACCCUCUGGCCAGCCUCCUCCGACCACCCCCAUCGCCCCCGUCUUCCCAGGGCUAGUGCCUGUGCCCCUGCCCUCUCCCUGCCCCAGCACCUCUGCUCCUUCUGUCAUCAAGGGGCCUCCCCUAACUGCUUCGCCCCAACUAACCCCAAGCCCCAGCGGGCAUUCCACCCCUAUCCCUCAAGGGUUUCCUGGAAUCUCUCCCUCCUUGACCCCUACCCCUUCUGUCAUUAAGUCCCACACCCCCUCUGGGACCCCCUGUGUUACCACGGUCCCCAAUGGCUCCUAUACCUCUGGCAUGUCCAGAUCUGCCACCCCUUCUGUCACCCCAACCCCUAAGGGCUCCUCCAUCUCUGUACCCCAUACUUUCUCCCCUCAGAAUCAGCUCCCUCCCUCCACCCUAGGCUCAGCUGAUCCUUCCCCAUCUGGAUCUCUGGGAAUUCCCACUUCUGUUUUCAAGGGCUUCCCUUCAUCCGAUGCACAAGUGCCCUCUUCCUUCUCAGUGCUCCCUCCUCCUGCCGCCAGUCCUGCCCAGUCCCAGUCUGUCAUCCGGAGCUACACCCCCUCUGCCACCCCUACACCCCAAGGUUCCUCCACUCCUGGGAUGCCAGUUUUCUCCAGCCAGGCCUCAGCCACCACUCCCACACCUAAACCUUCAGCCAUGCAUUCCCAGAAUAUAACUGUCAACCUAGCAGGGGCUGUCAACCCCCUUUAUGGAGCCAGUGGGAUCUUGGAGCAGCAUGUGGGAGUUCUAGCAAGGCAAAGUGGUGGCAGCAGCAGCAGCAACAGCAGCAGCAGCAGCAGCCCCGUGCCCUCUGCGUUCAAGGGUCCAUCGCGCUCCAGUACUCCUUCACUCAGCUCGCUGGUGAUGCCCAAUUCUGCUGCCCUGGCUCUCAACCGGUCACUAGGCCUCAACCACUCCUCUGCUUCUGUCCAAGCCACACUCACCAACUCCAUGGCAAUGGCUGGAUUGCAGGGUCUGUCUGCCCUGGGAACGCAGCCUGGGGCAAACCCAGCUACCCUCGCGGCUGUCACUGCGGCCUUAUCUGGACAUUCUGGCUUCCCUGGUGCUCCCUCUCUCCCAGUUUCCCUCACCUCCAACCCCUCGGCUUCAUCCUCCUCUGCCCAGGCCUCCGCCACUUCCUCUGCCAUGUACUCGGGCCUACCUCCCUCCGCUGCCGCCUCCCUCUCCCCCUUCGGCCUGGGCCUUUCCACCCCUGUGUCCUCCAUCUUCCCCGGCCUGGCCCCUGGUCCCCUAGGCUCAGGAAACGCUGCCUUCCCCGGUUUUGCCGCCUCCAACAGCCCCGCCGGCAGCCCUGUUCUCUCCUCCUUCAUGGGGCUCCCGGGGCAGGCCUCCUCCGUGGCUACUGUGGCCCCCUUGCAGGCUGCAGCAGUAGCGGCGGCGGCGGCGGCAGCAGCGCCCUCUUCGGCCCCGGUGCUCCCUGGCUUCGCCUCAGCUUUCAGCUCCAACUUCAAUCCUGCUUUGGUCGCUCAGGCUGGGUUGACAACUGGUCUGCAGCCUGCAGGUGGUGCUGCAUUCCCAGGGCUUCUGUCCUUCCCAGCCAUUCCUAGCUUCUCUCCGAGCGCAUCUCCAGCUGCUCUGUCUGGUCUUCACAAUUCUGCAGUGCAGUCAGCACUGUUGCAGGCACAUUCAGCCUCUGCUUUGGAGAGCUUUCCGGCACAACCAAAUGGCUUUACCAACUAUCCUUCAGCACCAGGAACCCCAUUUACCCUCCAGCCUGGUCUCCACCCCCAACUAGGAUGGCAGUGAUAAAGUUUUAAUAUCAGGAAUCCAUAGCAAUUAACAUCAAGCAUAUACAGUGAUCACCGUUGACAUCAAGAAUACUGUAUAUAGUGAUCAGCCUUGAAUUUGAAAAUAUAGUGCUUGACUUUGACUUAAGAAAUACAUAGUGGUUAAUUAUGAUUACUGGAAUAUACAGUGAUCAGCUUUGACUUAUGAAAUAUACAGUGUUCAACUUGGAAUUAUGGAAGAUACAGUUAUCAACCUUGACUUCAAGAAUAUAUAGUGCUUGACCUUGACUUACUGAAUAUACACACAGCACAGUGCAGAAAGAGUAGAGCCAACUUGUUGGUGAAAUUCAAAAUGCUGUUUGAUCAUUUCUACACUUGAGUAGGAGGGCAUUCGUGCAUUUACAUUGCCUAACACUCGAGAGAGGGAGAGAGCUCUCUUGAUGAAGAGGAAGUUUUCAGAAAGGGUGUUGGGUAUAGUAGAUGUUAAUUUUUGAAUGUUUACAGCUACCUUACAUUAGGGUAACACCUACAAAAGAGUUUUCAAUUUUAACUGAAAAGAUUUAUAGGAUGAUUUCCUGAUGAUGUUUUUAAAUUAAACUUACUUUUGUAAGUUCUGUUGUGCAAAUAAUUUGAUAAAAUGAGGACAGUUGUUCAGUAAAUCUUUAUAACUAUUUGAAAAUGAUGGGAUCACAUUCAGGCAAAGAAAAUAAUAAUCCACAGUGUACAGGUAUGUGUGUUUGUGUAUAUAUGCACAUUGUGUAGUGUACCUUGGGUUUUUUUGUUAGUCUACAAGAUUGCAGAGCAGACUAGAUUUUUAUUCAUUAUUAUAAUACAGAGUAUGGUUUUGACUAAACAUACAGUAUCCCAUACUGUCAAAGGUAAAUAAAUUAAAUAGGAUUACUUUUAAUGAAAUGGUGUGCACUAGCAAUUACUGAUAAAGCUAUGAAACUUAUAGAAAUUAUCGCAAGUCUUAUUUUCUUUUGUACCUGUUAUGAUUGGUUAAACUGUAUAUAUUUACAUAUUUUAAUCCUUUUCAUAGCACUGUGAAAGAGGCAUGUUUUCUAUGGCUGUAUGUACAUAAAGUACGCACCCGUGCAUUCUUAAAAGAUAUUUUUUAUGUGAAAUCUUUGUGUUGUGGGCGGUGAAAUUAACUCCAGCUGUGAAUGAAGUACAAGCAGCCUCCUAAUGUCUGACAAAAAAACAGAGGAAAAAAUCUGCAUCUUGCACCCACAUUUGAAUAUUGGAUUUGUAGUAGAACCUUACAUUCUUGGUUAUAAAUGAGCUUUGCUUAGUAUUCCCUGUUUAGCUCAUACAGUUCAUGAUGUUCAUUUUACUGGUUACACUAAAGGAUAAUAUUUGUGAUUUGUGAUAGGAGAACUAGGACAAUGUAGCAGCAUAAACAACAUCUUUGCAAACAUUUAAGCAACAGUUUUACAAUCUGUGCCCAGAAACAUAACUCCCACACACCUAUAUACUGUAGUGAACAGAGUUGACAGAUACCAGCAUGUAGUGGCAUGUUGUAAUUGUUUUUCCCAUUUCACUCUUGAAUGUCCUUGUUCUCAGAUCACAAAAAUACACAAGAACAGUUGUAAAUGAGAGACCAUUCAGCCUGUCUAACCCAUUUGGUAUUUAACAGAUAAUUGAUAACAGUGAUCAUCCCACAGUUUCUCUCUAUACUUUCCAUGGUCUUUUGAGUAACGUGCCUCCUGUUCUUGGUUCGAAAUGGUCUUCUAAAAUUUGUACUCAAAAGGUUCAGAUACAGUACUUAAGCCUGUUAGUGUGUGACUUUCUCUCUGAAACCUGGGACUCUAUCUAGUUGCUCUUCUCUGGGCUAAUUCCAGUAUUUGAGAUAUUUUUCAGUUCCUGUUUCUUUUUAUUUGGAAUAUGUGGUAAAAUAAACACCUGUCCAAUAAAUACUGUAGUUAUACUUACUUAUGUAUACAUAAGUCACUUGAAAAAGUCAACAAACUGGCUUGGUUAAAGCCAGUUAUUGAGAGCUUGAUUGGAAUUCAGAAACAGAACAUUCUGUAGACCAAGGACUGGAGACCACUGAUGUAGAUGCAUUUGCGCGUAGUUCAGAUUUUUGUAGGUUGUUUAGGACGUUUGUGAUUUAAUAUUUUAACACAAUCUACAAAAUCUGGUUUCAAUUCAAUUAUAGUAUUUCUGUUAGAGUGUUUGUCACUGUCACUCAGUGUACAAGUACUUUUUCUGCAGUAAAUUAAUUCAAACUGAAUUAACGUACAGUGCUUUUCACCGCGAAACAGUAUCAUUGACAACGUUGUGUUCACUUUUUAUACUGUAUAUAAAUGCACAAAACAUUUUUAAAUUGAUUAUGGUGUACAGUAAAAUAUCCAUCAGGAUUUUUUAAUCUCACACCAUCUGUUGUGACUUGUGCCAUAGGCUAUGUGGCAAUGAAUAACAGAUACAUUUUUUUUAAAUGACCAGCUUCUAAGAAAAAAACUUGUGGAAAUUCUGACUCCUACUUUCCUAUCAUGUUGUAAAACCGAAGCAAUGAAUAAACAAACCUUGGUGUCUGUUUGUGUUUAGUUGAUGUGUGAAUCUCAGAGAAGCUUUAGUUACAAUAUAAUACCUCAGUUUGUAUUCCCACUGAUUAUACUUCACUUUUUGUUUAUAAUUUCUCUGAUUUGGCCAAGGAAGGUAAAAUAUGGGUCAAAAAAGCUCUGUUCCCCACAUUUGUCAUUUUGUCACCUCUCUCUCCACUGUAAUAUCAUCUUUGCAGUAGCUUCUUGGCUCAUUCCUACUGAUGGGGGGAGGGGGGGUUCCAAUAUCCUCAUCUUUAUAGCACAUUAAGCCAGAUCAGUGUCUCAACUGCUCAUUAAUUAAACCGCUCAGUCCUCGGGUAAGUCCUUCUUGAAUCCUUAAAAGUAUAGAACUGAAUGUAAUAAGAUCACUUUUAUGUGUUUUAUCUUUCAACCUGUUUAGUAUGUCCUAUUUUUACUUAUUACUUUUACUUUGUAGUGUGGGGUAAACAGAUUUUACUGGAAACCUGAGAGACCUUUACAAAUGAAAAGAUAUAACUGCUGUGUAACUCCUUACUGAACUGAAAAACUGCUGAACCUCUUUUUGUAGAAAUGUUUCAAAUGUAUGUAAUAAAACAAUAAUGAGUGCUUGCUAAUGGA